UUUGAUUUUAUUCGCGCCACUAAAUAACCGAUGCUGAUUGGAUAAGACGUAACCGUCCAAUAACUGGUUCCUACAUAACCUUAGUCUUUGAAUUAGCCAUUUUCGAGGUUUUUGGUAGUGUUGACGGUUUUUCAUGAUAAACCAAAUAUAAGAAGAAUGGCAUCAGAAGAAACCGGAAUUGCUGAUUACGAUACUUCAGCAUAUGUCUGCAAUGGUUUUGAAGUGACCAAUAUUUAUUUCGUUUACAAUGCAAAUGAUGUGAAUGAACCAAAAAAAGUGUACAAGCCCGCCUAUUGUCACCAAGUUUACAAUGCUAACGAGAACAUUUUUGGAUACAAGGACUUACAGGUCAAUAUUUAUUAUAAUGGGUUUUGCUGGAGGCCUUAUUUGGAAAUAAAAUAUAAAGAAAAACUUAAAGAUAACACUCACUAUGGUAUCAAAGCUGACAAUGUGAUGGAUAUGUUGAAACAGUGGCUUCCAGAAGACAUGUGCACUGAUAAAGACGAAUUUUUAAAGCAAAUAGCCCACCAGAAAAGUAAACUUCUAGGUGAUAUUAAAAAAAAAUUUGAUUUUGAAAUCAACAGUGACAUUUCAAAAUUUACUGUAACUCAGAUAACCAACAUAGAACCAGAGUUCAGAACAUUACACGAUAAAUUUGAACGUGUUCUUGUGUGGUACAUUGAUGCAGCUAAUCUCAUUGAUUUAGAUGAUCCAAGAUGGACUUAUUUUUACUUAUAUGAACAUAAAAAUAAUAUUGUAUACCCAAUUGGUUUUUGUACUGUUUAUAUGUUCUUCAAAUACCCUGACAAGAAUAGAGCAAGAAUUUCUCAAUUCUUUAUUUUGCCUUCCUAUCAACGACUUGGUUUAGGCACUAAAUUACUUGAAGCAGUUUAUGAAGUAUUUGAAACUCAAGAAAAUAUUUUUGAUAUAACCGUUGAGGAUCCUUCAGAAAACUUUAGAAACCUUAGGGAUGUAAUGGAUUGUAAACUGUUAAGUAAUCUACCAGAAUUCUCAGAAGAUAUCAUUUUACAAAAGCCAUUCUACAAAGCUGCAGCUGAAGUGGCUGGGAAAAAGUUUAAAAUAUAUUCUGAGCAAGCUCAACGUGUUUAUGAAAUCCUCAACCUCUACUAUGCAGGGAAAAGUGAUGAAAAACUUCAGGAAUGGUGCAGAAGAAUCAUAGCAAGACUCACAGCCUCAUUAAAAAAGAACACUUGUCCACCAAGAAAGAAGAAAAAGCUUGAAGCUAUUGUUAAUCAAAUAGAAAAAAUAAAUCAUUCAGCUGAUAAUGAAAUUAUCCUGAAAAGAUUAGAAAUUUUUGUUGAAGAAAUAUUGCCAGUUGUCCAUAAAUUAAGGAGUUUAAAUGAAAAAGAAGAAGUUAUAAAAAAUAUAGGUGAACUAAAAAGAAUUUGGGAUAAAAUGCAAAUUACAUUUGAUUAAUUUGUAAUGUAAGCACUACUGUUGUAUUUAUCUAAGAAGUAAAUUAUUUUUGUAUUAAUGAAAUAGGAGUAUGAAAAUUUUGUUUAAACAGUUGUACUAUUUCUUUUCAUUUUCUAACAUCAAAUGUACCUAAUUUGCCAAAUAAAUAAAGUAAUGAUAAUUUCA